UGUUGGAGACUAGGAAGGGCCGGUGCGGUGAGUGGGCCAACUGCUUCACGCUGUAAUGUAAAGCGGCUGGAAUUGAGGCUAGGCAUGGGGUGGACUGGACGGAGGAGGAGGUUUACAGCCAAGCGGAAGCCUGCCAAAAAAGUUGCUGCCGCCAUGGUAACGUACUACAUAACAUCUAUAAAGCCAUCUCCCUUAUAUCAUGGAGAAUCAGCGAUGAAUGGUUUUGAACUGAGGAACAUUGUAGAGGGUUUCGUCUUCACACUGACAUCUCGGGAACUUUCUGAGAAGUACAUCCACGUCAAGUACUGCUCAGCUUCCGACAAGUACAUCCGGGUAUCGGAUGACAACAAGGAGACAGCAGAUUACCGGAGUUGCCUGUACAGCAGCAUCAACAUGUUCCGCGGACAGACGGCCGCCGGGGCCAGGCAAUUGGUGUAUGUGGGCAGAGACAGAGGUGAUGAAGAGGGCAACAUAGAGUGGCGCUUUGACUUCCAAGACACGGGGCUGGUCAUUGAUCAAGUGACACUCGUCGCUACAGCCAGACUGUAUCAGAACGGCCAAGUCAAGUGGAGAUGUGGUCCUCAACAUCAGAUGGAUGCCUCAUUGCCUGUUACUGAAGAACUGGUGGAGUCUGUGCUGAGGGGUAGCAACAUCACCGGGCAGAGCGACUUCAAUUUAACCGCUUAUCUCUCGGGCGGGGCUGGUGGUUCCCCCUACUUAAAUGCCCAGCUGUUUGCUAUCGGGCGUGAGGACUACCACAAGUAUCCACUAGAUAUUAAGAUCCGACUGAAGGAGAAGGAAUAGCGUUAUGUGAGCUCUUGAGGGCACUCGUGAAGAUGGUGAUUUUUUUGGUACCCUGGGCAAAGACACCAGGGUCUCAGAAAUUGGGAAGAGGGAGAGUAAGACCAAAAUAGGUAUCUUAUAUACUCAGUAAUUUAGUUGAUGAUAUUCAGUAUUCCUUGCCUUAACUUCCAAAAAUUGUAAUGCCAUUUGAUGUGGUGGCAGUUAUAGUACCCCAUUACAUUUCCAUUGUGUGAUUUUCUUCGACUAUUUAAUGGAAGUAUUUUUUUUUAAGAUUUCUUUUUAAAUCCUUCAAAUUCAUGCAUGGCAUGAUUUUUCUGUUCUUCAGUACAUGAGUAAAUUGUGCGUGAAUACUUGCAGUUAAUCUUGCAUAAAUUAAUUGCUAAUUUAAUCCUGUCAAAUUCAGUGUCUUUUUUUCUGCCUUUCAAAAACCCUAAUUGUUUAAAAGGGCAAAUUUGAUGACACAAUUAGGAAUGCAGUUGUGCACAAAGUCUAUGGGAAUUAGGAUAGAAGACCCUUGAAGAAAAGAAGAAAAAGUAAGAAACUAGAGGUCUAUGUACGUCUGUUUAAGAGCAGAGCAUCGGGCUUUUCCGCAUUUACUUUGUAUGUAUGUUUGAACACUAUGAGGAAUUUAUCCCCUCUGCAUUUUGUGUGCAAUUGCAAGAAAAUAUUCCAAUUCCAAUCUUACUGCACAAAAAGAUAUUCCCUGCUUGUAGACUGGUUCCAAGUCAUUGCAUUUUCGGGUGUAGGCCUAACUACUUAUUCCAUAACUAAACAUGGGCCGAGUUUCAUUGGUCAAACAGUUUCUCAUUCAAAAAUGUGUAAAUUGUACUGCAAAAAUAGCAAUUUAAAAACAAAAUCUAUUUUUCAGGGUUGAACUUUAAAAAUAGGUUGGACAUUGUUAACUUGAUAAUUUGAAAAGAAAACGUUUUCUGUUUCAUACACUUCAUGAUACUUUACUUAUUACUGAAGGUUUUUUACUUUUGCCAAUCAUAAUUUAAAUGUGUGAAACAGUGGUUUGUCCUCAAGUUAAACAAUAUAACAUUUGCUUGGAAUGUUUUAGUUGGAUUUGUAUUUCUUUGAAACUUGAAAAAUAAUUGCUUACCUUCAGCAAUUAUUGAAAUGAAAAUUCAAAGUAAAGUACAUAGUUAAUAACGUGCCUUAAUCUUUGAUUAAUGUAUAACACCCCAAAAAAAUUAGAAUCAACUGUCCGUGCAGUUUGAUAAAUUGAAAGAGGGUAAUUUUUUGUCUGUCACAAAGUGCUUGUAUGAUUACAUGUAUAUCUGCCUAUUUUCAAAAUUUCUUAAGCCAUAAUCUGAAAUAUUUAGAGUACUUGUCAAAAACAUUAUAGUUCUCAAAAAUGUACUGUAGACUAAAAGGACACAAAUCUUCCAAUAAAACGUGGUUGAAAAAAAAACUUGGCACAUCUCCCAUCCAACCCUGUUUUGAAUGAUUUUCAUUGCAUAUUUUCCCAAGCAUUUCUUUUUUAGAUGAGUUACAAUUUACAUAAACUGCAACGAGCUUACGGGCCUCACAUCUUUUAUACAUGUUGCCAUUAUGUCACGUUAGUAACACCAUAUUUGUGAGGCGUUUUGGCAAUGAGACGGAACUGGGCACAAACCAAAGUGGACAAAAAUGCAAGAAUCUGAGUGGGUUGAUUUAUUUCUGAUUUUCAAAUUUAUUGAUA